UGGAUCUUUUGCAGCAAAGUGUGUUACGAUCAUUAUAUCGUUUUUUUAUAAAAUGAUCUUUCAGUCGGUAAUCCAUUCUUACUUCAGAGAGAUUACACACAUUGUGAGGCAGCUGGGGACUUGAGGAUUCAUCGCCGCUCUGUGUUGUUUAACCCUCCUGUUACCUUUACAUUUACUACCAUAUUUUACCAUCGGGGUCAAUUUGACCCCAGCAAUUAAAACCUCCAGAAAAUUAUUAGAAUUAAUAUUGUUUCCCAAAUUUAAGUGUGAGAUACUUUAUGUUUGUUUGUUGACUACCUAAAUAGCCCUUUAAAUAUAUAAAAAACUUGAUAUUUCUUCUAUGUUUGACAGUGAAAAACAGCCUGGGGUCAAAUUGACCCCAAAGAACACCGACAUUAAACAUUGAAUGGGGUCAAAUUGACCCGAAAGGUAACAGGAGGGUUAAGGAGUCCGUCAUCCAAGGUCAAACACACAUGGACAAGUCUGUCUGUGACAUAAUUAAAGAUUUGAAAACACCAAGUAUGUACAGUUCUAUUUGGUUCUGCUUGGUUCCUUCAGAAUAAAAUGCAUGCUGUUACACAACAUGGAUACAAAUAAUCUUGGCUUACUUCAGUCAGAAACCUCAUUAACACUCACUGUGUUAAUAUCAUGAGCUAAAUGUAUACAUUGGGGUUUUAAAUGUUUAAAUAGUAUACCUUAUUCUGAGAUAACUCACAGGUACAGUGUGAUACAGACAGGGAUGAAGUGAAAAUUACACACAUUUCCCUUCCGGAAAGUAAUGGAGUGGAAGUAUUAAGUCUGACAACUUUAUUAGGUUUCUCAAGAUAAAUGCAUUUUGCUCAAAACUGGCGUGUACUUUCCAGAAUGAUAGCAAACUGGUAAGGAAAAGCCAAUAGGAAAAUAAUCUACUGGUGACAUCUACUGGAGAAACUGCAGUGUUGAUGCAAAAAGUUUUUUAAAUAAAUAAUAAACAACUAAAUCCUUAAUUUAGUGCCCUCUGCUGGUAAGAAAGUAGACAGUUUCCUAAAUUAUCACGGUUGACGCUGAAAAUUACACUGUUAAUAAGUCCGAUAUUAUGCAAUCAGAUAUGUAUAAAAUGGAAAGCAUAUAAUGUGAGAAGAGUCUCUGUAUUUAAAUAUUUGUCAAUAUAAUUUAAAUAAAGAAUAUAUUCCCCUUUAUCAUUUCCUAAUGUUGCUUAUAAAUGUCUUGUAUAACACACUUGAUUUAGCUGUUUUUUUUUCAGGGUUAAUAGCGAAAUACGUCGGGGGGCUUUAUAGGCUAUACAUCAACAUACGAAUAACAGUUUUUUUUAAUCCCGUUCCAUAUAACCAGUUUCACUUUCUUAUUUGUGUUUUUCUUCUCUUUCUAUAAUCCUCUUCGAUAUUUUUGACAUUCUUACAAAACAAAAUUGACGGAAGAUGGGUAGGAUAAGGACAUUAUUUAAACAGUAAGCAUUAUUGGCUCUGGUGUAUGGAAAAAAAGAAGAAGAAAAAACCCUGAAUCUGUCACGCGUUACAGCACUGUCGUAAAACGUCUCUGGCUGCUGUUGCAAUGGCGUUUGCUGCGACAGCAAUUUCCGGCAGUAGGUAAACUGAGGAGAAAGCGCCGACAAACGUCGCCAGCGGAUCCGUUACCGCCUCAAAUAUCCUUGGAUUUAUGCGAUAUUCGGUGAACUAACGUGUAUAUUGAUUGCAUACAUGUUCGCCUCGUCGAUGAGUUCGUGUAAAACGUUUUCGAAGCGUGAAUCUCCACCUUAAUGCGGUGGGAUGGCCACAGUGCCGCCUGGGCCUAGUAGCGCACUGCCCGCAUCCCCGGCUGAAAUUCCUCCUUUCCCCGGGGCUGGGAGCGCGGACCCGGCAGGGGAAGGCGGAGAGCCGGCCUGCUGCAGGGAGCACUGUGUUCCCGCCGGUACGGGGAAGACGUCGGUGCCGCUAAACGAGAUUAACGGGCCGGUUAAUAAGAAGCAGAACAACAUGCUGGCGAGAGCUAGCCCGGCGGCGCUGCACCUCAAAAUGCAAGCCCGGGAGCAGCAGCAGUCUAACGGCUUGGCCAGCCCGUCGGAGGACGCCGACGGCCACCAGCACGCCGCGGGGAACCGGCCCGACGACCCGAGACCGUCCGUGGACAACUGUGACAGCGACGACGAGGAGGCUCCGGCCGCCAGAAACAGCAGCGAGCGCUGCCAACACGAAGGCCGCGGCCCCUUCUCUAAAAACGGCCGUCGCUCUCCUUUCGGUAACAAUAGCGUGAACGGGAUGCCGGGUCACACGAGAACCGAGGCGGCCCGCGGGGGGGACGGAGGCCACGGCGAGGGCUUCGACCUCACGGAGCCACCGAGGCCGCCGGGCGCCGGGCCCGGCGGGGAGGAGAGCCCCGGCGACCCGCAGCUGCUGCGCCAGCCGCCGGUCGCCGAGCUGGCCCGGCUCGGCCUCCGCGGGUCUCCGGGCCGAGCGGAAGAGGACAGCCACGGCAUCCGCUACGUCCGCUACGAGUCUGAGCUCCAGAUGCCGUGGAUCAUGAGACUGAUCACCAAGGACUUGUCUGAGCCUUAUUCGAUUUACACCUACAGGUACUUCAUCCACAACUGGCCGCAGCUCUGCUUUCUGGCCAUGGUGGAGCAGGAGUGUGUCGGAGCCAUCGUAUGUAAGCUUGACAUGCACAAGAAGAUGUUCCGCCGCGGCUACAUCGCCAUGCUGGCCGUGGACUCGGAACACAGAAGGAAAAGCAUCGGUACUAAUCUGGUGAAGAAGGCCAUCUAUGCCAUGGUGGAGGGUGACUGUGAUGAGGUUGUAUUGGAGACCGAAAUCACCAACAAGUCGGCCCUGAAGCUGUACGAGAACUUGGGUUUUGUCAGAGACAAGCGGCUGUUCAGAUACUACCUGAACGGAGUGGACGCGCUGAGGCUCAAACUGUGGCUCCGCUAGAGGGAGGAAGAGGAGGAAGAAGAGGGGACGGGACAGCGGGGUGCUGUCACCUCGUGCGCUAUCAGUUUGACGGCCUCAACUCAGCCCUGGUCAUUUUGCUCAUUUACACACACUAACACUAACACACACACACACACCUAUGUACAAACAUAAGGAGUAUGCACAGACACACAAACCCAUUUUUCUGCCCCUGACCUCUGAACGAUUGUUGCUUCGGACUGACAUCCCACCUGAUCUUCUCAUGAAGGGGCCCCUGGUACUUUCUGUGAGCAGGAGGGGAGGUGGGAUUGAGGGGGGGGGACGGACUAGAUGACCUUCAAGCUUGGAUGCCGCAUUGAACCGGUGGGAACGCGAGUGAGUCCGAACCCCCAGAGGACGCCGCACCAACUCCUCCUGCGGAACACGGGACAACAACAAAAACUUAAAUUAAACAGCAACACGUGAAACGAGGAAACCGGGCAGUUUAAAAAAAGAAAAGAAAAUCUGUGUAAAAAAAAAAAAGAACUACUGGGAAGAAAAUAUUUGGAGUCUA